GUCGGCCCAGGUGAGGUUACUGGGGAAACCUAGGCCCCGCCCCCGGCCCGGUUCCACCCCCAGCUCAGCCUCCCCGAGGCCCAGACACCCCGGCGGCUGUCUCCAGAGGGGCCCCCGACAGCUGCGCGCGGGAGCCGCCUCCCGACACCCGAGCCUCGCCGGCGCCUCCCCGCUCCCGGCUCCUGGCUCCCUGCGCCUCCCCCGCCCCUCGCCCAGCAGCCGAGGAGGCCCCGCUCCGGGGUCGCACGCAGGGGUCUUCCGGGAAGAGCGAUGAGAGCGCUCUGGCUUACUGUCUGAAUAUGGGGGAAACCCCCUGAUCUCCGCGAAAGUGUGUUCCAGCCUUGAGGAAGGACCCCUUUUACUCAGUGUGAAGGAACUGACCCACAGGAAGACAGGUGCUCGUGUGUGGUCUCACUGAAUCAUCUCCUCGGCCCUCUGGAGAAGUGGGCCUGCCCUCCCACCAGGCCAGUCCCUGUGAGCAUCUGCUAACUGCUACGCCUCCACUCAGCUCCCAGUUGGGCAGCCUGCCCCCGGCCCAGCAGAGAGAGGCCCUGACACCCUAACCUGCCAGUGACAGCCUCUGGAUGGUCAUUUGGUUCUGUCGUGAGAAUGUGUCACUGCCCGAGAUGCUGCCUCCACCCCCUUAGGCCUGAGGAGUCAGGAGCUAUGGGGCCAGGGGCCCUCUCAUCUCUACUGUUGCUGUCGCUGCUCUUAGUGGCAACUGGAGAUGCUGACAUGAAAGGACAUUUUGAUCCUGCCAAGUGCCGCUAUGCCCUGGGCAUGCAAGACAGGACCAUUCCAGAUGGGGACAUCUCUGCCUCCAGCUCCUGGUCAGACUCUACUGCUGCUCGCCACAGCAGGCUGGAGAGCAGCGACGGGGAUGGGGCAUGGUGUCCUGCAGGGCCUGUCUUUCCAAAGGAAGAGGAGUACCUACAGGUGGAUCUGCGGAGGCUGCACCUGGUAGCUUUGGUGGGCACCCAGGGGCGGCAUGCUGGAGGCCUGGGCAAAGAGUUCUCCCCCAGCUACCGGCUACGUUACUCCCGAGAUGGCCACCGCUGGAUGGACUGGAGGGAUCGCUGGGGUCAGGAGGUGAUUUUAGGUAAUGAGGACCCUGGGGGAGUGGUACUGAAGGACCUUGGACCCCCCAUGGUGGCCCGAGUGGUUCGCUUCUACCCCCGAGCUGACCGGGUCAUGAGUGUCUGUCUGCGGGUGGAGCUCUAUGGCUGCCUCUGGAAGGAUGGACUCCUGUCUUACACAGCCCCUGUGGGGCAGACGAUGUACUUAUCUGAGGCAGUGCACCUCAAUGACUCCACCUACGAUGGACAUACCACACACGCUGUUGGCGGGUUGCUGUAUGGAGGUCUGGGUCAGCUGGCAGAUGGUGUGGUGGGGCUGGAUGACUUUAGGAAGAGCCAGGAGCUGCGGGUCUGGCCAGGCUAUGAUUAUGUGGGAUGGAGCAACCACAGCUUCCCAGGCGGCUACGUGGAGAUGGAGUUUGAGUUUGACCGACUGAGGGCUUUCCAGGCCAUGCAGGUCCACUGUAACAACAUGCACACCCUGGGAGCCCGCCUGCCUGGUGGGGUGGAAUGUCGCUUCAAGCGGGGCCCUGCCAUGGCCUGGGAGGGGGAGCCUGUGCGCCACGCCCUGGGGGGCAGCCUGGGGGACCCCAGAGCCCGGGCUGUGUCAGUGCCCCUGGGCGGCCGCGUGGGCCGCUUUCUGCAGUGCCGCUUCCUCUUUGCUGGGCCUUGGUUACUCUUCAGCGAAAUCUCCUUCAUCUCCGAUGUUGUGAAUGACUCCUCUCCAACUUUGGGGGGCACCUUCCCACCAGCUCCCUGGUGGCCACCUGGCCCACCUCCCACAAACUUCAGUAGCUUGGAGCUGGAGCCCAGGGGCCAGCAACCUGUGGCCAAGGCUGAGGGGAGCCCGACUGCCAUCCUCAUUGGCUGUUUGGUGGCCAUCAUCUUGCUGCUGCUGCUCAUCAUUGCCCUCAUGCUGUGGCGGCUGCACUGGCGCAGACUCCUCAGCAAGGCUGAGCGCCGGGUAUUAGAAGAGGAGCUGACAGUUCAUCUGUCUGUCCCUGGGGACACCAUCCUCAUCAACAACCGCCCAGGCCCUCUUGAACCACCCCCUUACCAGGAGCCCCGGCCUCGUGGGAAUCCGCCCCACUCUGCUCCCAGUGUUCCCAAUGGCUCUGCGUUGCUGCUCUCCAAUCCAGCCUACCGCCUCCUUCUGGCCACUUACGCCCGUCCCCCUCGAGGCCCCGGCCCCCCCACACCCGCCUGGGCCAAACCCACCAACACCCAGGCCUGCAGUGGGGACUAUAUGGAGCCUGAGAAGCCGGGUGCCCCGCUUCUUCCCCCACCUCCCCAGAACAGCGUGCCCCAUUAUGCCGAGGCUGACAUUGUCACCCUGCAGGGCGUCACUGGGGGCAACACCUACGCUGUGCCUGCACUGCCCCCAGGGGCUGCUGGGGAUGGGCCUCCCAGAGUGGAUUUCCCUCGGUCUCGGCUCCGCUUCAAGGAGAAGCUUGGUGAGGGCCAAUUUGGGGAGGUACAUCUGUGUGAGGUAGAGAAUCCUCAAGAUCUGGUCAGUCUUGAUUUCCCCAUUAAUGUGUGCAAGGGCCACCCUUUGCUGGUAGCUGUCAAGAUCCUACGGCCAGAUGCCACCAAGAAUGCCAGGAACGAUUUCCUGAAGGAAGUGAAGAUCAUGUCGAGGCUAAAGGACCCAAAUAUCAUCCGGCUCCUGGGCGUGUGUGUGCAGGACGACCCUCUCUGCAUGAUUACUGAUUACAUGGAGAAUGGUGACCUCAACCAGUUCCUCAGUGCCCACCAGCUAGAGGACAAGGCGACUGAGGGCCCCCCCGGGGAUGGGGAGGCUGCCCAGGGGCCCACCAUCAGCUACCCCAUGCUGCUACAUGUGGCAGCUCAGAUUGCCUCGGGCAUGCGCUAUCUGGCCACCCUCAACUUUGUGCAUCGGGACCUGGCCACAAGGAACUGCCUGGUUGGGGAAAAUUUCACCAUUAAAAUCGCUGACUUUGGCAUGAGCCGGAACCUCUACGCUGGGGACUAUUACCGAGUACAGGGCCGGGCAGUGCUGCCUAUCCGGUGGAUGGCUUGGGAAUGCAUCCUCAUGGGGAAGUUCACGACUGCAAGUGAUGUGUGGGCCUUUGGGGUGACCCUGUGGGAGGUGCUGAUGCUCUGCCGGGCCCAGCCCUUUGGGCAGCUCACUGAUGAGCAAGUCAUCGAGAACGCAGGGGAGUUCUUCCGGGACCAGGGCCGGCAGGUAUACCUGUCUCGGCCCCCUGCCUGCCCACUAGGCCUGUAUGAGCUGAUGCUUCGGUGCUGGAGCCGGGAGCCUGAGCAGCGACCACCCUUUUCCCAGCUACAUAGGUUUCUGGCAGAAGAUGCUCUCAACACAGUGUGAAUCACACACCCAGCUGCCCCUUCCUCAGGGAGGAUUCAGGUGAAGCCAGAGGCAAUAAACAAGAGGAUUUAACAUCACCCCCACUCCAUUCCCAUUCCCGACCACCCUUCACCUCUGAGAGAGAGGCAGUGUGACCAUAGGUGGGCUGGGCCUGCCAGGGAGCUGAUGCCUUCCCUUCCUCGGACACACUCUCAUUUCCCCUUCCUGCUCCCCUCCUGGAAGCCUCGGCCACCCACCCAGCUGGCCCUGUGGAUGGGAUCCUCUCUGACCUCUUCUAGUCAUCCCUGGGGGGUAAGAUGGGGGCAAAUGUAGGGCAGACACUGGAUAAGGCCUAUUGGAGCACCUGGGCCCCACUGGACAACACUGGUUCCUGGAGAGAAGGCUGUGGCCUCCCCAGCCUCUCUUUCCGUCACACACUGGACCCCACUGGCUAAUAACCUGGGGAUGAGGAGGACAAGAAAGGGAGGAUGUUCCCGUGUUGCCUUGUUCUUACUCCUGGAAUGGUCCUUGGCUUUGGCUUCUCCCUCCUCUAUCCUCUGAAACACUGGACCUGGGGGUGAUUCCUGUCCCCCCCCCCCCCCCCCCUCCCUCCAGCCAUCCCUACUUCCCACCUGCUGUGUUGUAGCUAGAACUUCUCUCAGCCUGUAUGUUUCUGUGGAUUAAGUACUGGGAUUAGGGGAAAAGAGGGAGCAAGGGCCUGUGGCCUUGGGGUUGGACAUCUCUGUUGUAGCUGCCAUAUUGGUUUUUCUAUAAUCACUUGGGGUUUGUACAUUUUUGGGGGGAGAGACACAGAUUUUUACACUAAUAUAUGGAUCUAGCUCAAUGCAAUUUUAAUAUCCUGCACUAGGCAGGUAAUAAUAAAGGUUGAGUUUUCCACAGCUGUGAGUGGGUUUCUUGGGGUUUUGGUAAAAUCUGCUUCCUGUAUCCACUCCCAACGCAUUUCCUUUCUUCUCCCUUUUUCUCCUUCUCCCCAUUCCAUUUCCUACUGUGUAUUUUGCCCAACACAGUGUUCUGUUGUCUCUCUAUAAGCCAGGUUCUUGCCUCUGGGACCUCAGGUCCUACGUGAAUGUAUGAACCUUGUCAGCUCCAUUGGGAGCUCUGCAGGAGGCUUGGAGGGGGGUGAAUUAGGCCAGGGGUCUUAACCUUAACCCAUGGAACCCUUUGGCAGUGUCAAGAGGUCUACUGAUUCCUCCUGAGAAUUAUUUUAAAACCCAUUACACAGGGACCCCUGGGUGGCUCAGUCUCUGUUAAGUGUCCAAGUCUUGGUUUUGGCUCAGGUCAUGACCUCACGGUUUCCUGAGUUCAAGCUCCAUGUCAGGCUCUGUGCUGACAGUGCAGAGCCUGCUUGGGAUUCUCUGUCUCUCUCUCUCUGCCCCUCCCCUAUUCAUGCUGUCUCUGUCUCUCUCAAAAUAAAUAAAUAAACUUAAACAUUAUAGGGCGCCUGGGUGGCUCAGUCGGUUGAGCGUCCGACUUCAGCUCAGGUCAUGAUCUUUCUGUCCGUGAGUUCGAGCCCUGCGUCGGGCUCUGUGCUGACAGCUCGAAGCCUGGAGCCUGUUUCAGAUUCUGUGUCUCAAUCUCUCUCUCUGCCCCUCCCCC